AUGGCUUCCAAACGAAUCAACAAGGAAUUGAAGGACCUGCAGAAAGAUCCUCCUGCAUCUUGCAGUGCUGGCCCAGUGGCUGAUGACAUGUUCCAUUGGCAAGCUACAAUUAUGGGCCCUGCAGAUAGCCCAUUUGCUGGAGGUGUGUUUCUUGUGUCAAUUCACUUCCCUCCUGACUAUCCUUUUAAACCACCAAAGGUUUCAUUCCGCACCAAAGUGUUCCAUCCUAACAUCAACAGUAAUGGUAGUAUCUGCCUUGAUAUCCUGAAAGAGCAAUGGAGCCCUGCCCUCACAAUAUCCAAGGUCCUCUUGUCUAUAUGUUCUCUGUUGACAGAUCCCAAUCCAGAUGAUCCUCUUGUGCCUGAAAUUGCUCAUAUGUACAAGACUGACCGAUCUAAGUAUGAGGCCACUGCUCGGUCAUGGACUCAGAAAUAUGCCAUGGGCUAA